CAGAGAAGUGCUUCCAUGGCUCCACCAUCGAUCUUCGUCUUCCUGGUUUUAGCUCUGGUUGCCUCUGUCUGCGGAUCUAACACCUUGUCCGAUUAUAAUCCGAUCAGGCAAGUCGUGUCGGACCGGUUGAUCGAGCUGGAGAGCUCGAUUGUCUCAGUCAUAGGCUCCACGCGUGACGCACUCUCUUUCGCUCGCUUCGCUCACAGGUACGAGAAGAUAUAUGAGAGUACUGAGGAGAUCAAUCAGCGUUUUGGUGUGUUUAAGGAGAAUUUGAGGACGAUCAGAUCUCAUAACACGAAAAGACAUCUAUAUAAGCUUGGUGUUAAUGAAUUUGCUGAUAUGACAUGGGAUGAGUUUCGUCAACACAGACUGGGAGCUGCUCAAAACUGCUCUGCUACCUUAAAAGGCAAUCUCAAGAUCACAAGCGCCGCCAUCGUCCCAGAGACGAAAGACUGGAGGGAAGAUGGCAUAAUUACUCCUGUGAAGAAUCAAGGCAGUUGUGGAUCUUGUUGGACUUUUAGCACUACUGGAGCCUUAGAAGCAGCUUAUGCUCAAGCAUUCGGGAAGAAUAUUUCCCUAUCCGAGCAGCAACUUGUGGAUUGUGCUGGAGCUUUUAACAAUUUUGGUUGCCAUGGUGGGUUGCCAUCACAAGCCUUUGAGUAUAUCAAAUACAAUGGUGGGCUUGAUACAGCGGAAGCAUAUCCAUACACUGGAAAAGAUGCUGCAUGCAAUUUCUCUUCAGACAAUGUCGGUGUACAAGUCUUUGACUCUGUUAAUAUCACCUUGGGUGCUGAAGAUGAGCUAAAAUAUGCAGUUGGACUAGUUAGACCAGUUAGCAUUGCGUAUGAGGUGGUGCCUGAUUUCAUGUUGUAUAAAGGUGGUGUUUACACAAGCACCGUUUGUGGGAAAGAUCCCAAUGAUGUGAACCAUGCUGUUCUGGCAGUGGGCUAUGGAGUGGAAAAUGGAACUCCUUAUUGGCUCAUUAAGAACUCAUGGGGAGAACGCUGGGGUGACAAUGGGUACUUCGAAAUGGAGAUGGGAAAGAACAUGUGUGGUAUUGCAACUUGUGCUUCGUACCCUAUCGUUGCUUGAGUGAUUGUUACCCUUGCGAUUUGUGUAGCUCUUUGGAUGGCAUGAGAAUGCGAUCUAUGUUGAACGUGUCAAUCUCAUUAAUGUGUAAUAUAUACUUCUUCAACUUGUGUAUAUCUAUACCAAAGAAAAUGAUUGACCUACUAGGUGAUUUAGUGUAAGGCAUAUCAGCAUAUGGACAACAUUCUUGUAAAUUCUCUUCUAACAUGCCCUAAUUUAUGUUGUGGGAAUGUGUUCUUGUUUGGUUGAUACUACGUAAACUGUAUAUUAGUUCUAUGCUCUACUCGGGCACCUAGAUUGACUGUAAACUGUAUUAGGUGAUGUGUUUGUUGGACGGCAGAAAAGAAAGUGUGGGAGCAUUUUCUCAAAACUAAUGAUGAAUAUAUUGUUCCGUCAUAUUCAC